GAGUCGUCUUCCUCGCAGAGUCGCAGCUAAUUUGCAGACUCGCAAAAUUUCUUCCGUUUCAGAAGUGUCCAGAUCUGGCUCGCCUUGCAACGCUCCUUACGCCUUCCCCGCGCUAAACGUGCAACUCGCGAAACAGCUGACCGCCUCGGGCGAUUUCCUGCCGCCUCGCUCCGACGCGCUCGCCGACGAGCGCGAAGAAACGUAGAUGAACCCCAUGGAUUCGCAGACCCAGAACACCUCGCUGCAGAGGCUUCAAAAUGUGGAGAAGAGAAUCGUUAAGGUUUUGGAGCUAGCUGGAGGUGUCAUGGAUGAGCUUGCAAACCCUAGUGGUCCCAGAAAGGAGUUUAUCAACAACCAUUGCCGCGAGUUCAUGCAAUUGAUCAAGGAUAUUCAAGUGGCACUGCGGGAUGAAAUUAAAAGUGCAUGCGAUUACCGUCCGUUUGAGAAGUGUGAUUACAGUUCAAGAGUAGCUAAUGAAAUCUGUUGCAAGAAACUGGAAUAUGUCAUGUCACAGUUGGAUGCAAUGAAAGAAACAAUGGACGAAUAUCAUAAUGCAGUUUGAAGAUCCAUGGUAGACAAGUUAAGUCCAUUCUCAUCAGCAUUCCACCUUUUUGUAUCAGGCUUCCUAGAAUAUAAUGCUUUUGCAAGCAUAUAGUUAUUAGAAUCUGGAAAAGGAGUUAUCACUCUGCUUCUGUCAUAUGAUCCUAUGUUCAUUUUACCAGAUUGUGGGAAGGAGAGAGAGAGAAACUGGGAUUUUGAAACAAAAAUGGGCAGAUGUUGUUCUAGAUUCCCAUUAUCUAGCUUUUAAGGUUCAUUCUCAGUAGAUGCACAUGUUCUAAGAACCUCUUUUUGAUUGUAUAUACUUAACUUGGGCUAUAUGUGUUGGUUAUUAUUAAUAGCAUUCUUGAUAAUGUUACCUGAAA